AGCCUUAGCCAUUCGGCUCCAAGAAACUGACGUUUGCGAAUAUCACUACGCCGACUCUCUUUUUCCAUUCUCUCCCGCCACGAUGUUUCUUAUCAACUAUAUGGAAGCGAUGGCGUUCUCCAUGCUGGCCUACGAUGCGUCCAAGGGCCGUGCGAAGCACGUGUCCCUGCAGAGCUGCGUGGCUCUGACGCUGGCGCUGGCCCUCAGCGCCAUGAACCUACCCCGCGCCAACAGCCGAAAGAUCUACAAGCUGGCCAUUGUCUUCGUUGGCUGUUGCUUUGGGACCUUGGCCUCUUGGCGCGUGGCCAAAGACACUCAGGCCAACAACGAGGACGACCUGAACCUGCCUGGUCUGUCCUCGCGGGGCUGCAAAGCAGUCAUUUAUGUGGCCGCAGUGGUCAUGGGCUUCCUGUCCCUGAUGGUCGCCUGCCGCUUCUCGCUCAGCGACAUGUGGAGCUUCAUGAAGAACGACAACCAGAGCACUGUCUGCACCUUCCAAAACUUCCUCCACGCCUUUGCGCUGCUGCCGCAGCUGGUGCUGUGCCGGCGUCAAGGCUUCGUGGCCCCAGCGGCGGUGCGGUUUCUCUGCCUGCUCGGCACCAAGCACCUCUAUGAGUUUGUUUCUGAUGCCUAUGUCUCCUACCAGCACUACCUCAGGGGCCGGCUGCACCUGCACGAGUUCAGCUUCAUGUCGGGGGACUUUGUGGCGGCGCUGAUUCUGCUGGACUUCUUGUACUUGGUCUUGGUGGACGAGCGCACCUUGCUGCUUCUUCUGGGCUGCAAGGAGAUGGAGCUACACGACGAGGAAGCUGCCACUGACGAUCAACCGUCCAGGUGGCAGAAGUUCCUCCAGUGCAUCCGGCCCUACCUGGAAAGUUCCAAGCAGCGUCAGAAGAUCUUUAGCUGUGCGGGUGCGGGGCUAAUGCUGCUCGUUGGCACCUACAGUGGGCUGCUGAAUGUCUAUGCCAGCUUGGGCGCCGCAGCGCUCUUCGGGGCUUUGCGUUUGGCGCAGAUGUAUCAGGACUCCCUCGGGAAGGCCGAGAAAUGCGGCGCCUGAGAUGGUCGACCUAUGGGGAAACGCGCGCAGGGCACGCAGCUGGUGGAAGAAGUUCGCA